UUUGACUAUAUAUACAUGGACUACUAUCUUCAUUGUUGCCGAUGAAGCCGAAGUAAUAGAGGUACUAGAUCGGGAGCAUCGGGAAUUUUCAUGCGCGCGCAGGAAUCCCACCCACCCUCGCACCAUCCAAUCACGGUGAACCACGGAGCGACGAACACCCUCCUACGUUCCAACAACCGCUACGCUCGUUGCAACGAAAUCUCGCGCAUGCUCAGAGCCCAUGUCCCGAUCUAGUACCUCUAUUGCUUUGGCUUCACGAUUCCCAUUCAACAACAAUAGGAGAUAGCAGUCCAUGUAUAUAUAGUCAAAGGUUUCGAAGAAUUUUUUCAGAAAUUUUCAAUUUGGCGAAGCGAUGAACUUGAAGAAAAGUUCAAGAGUGGCUGUAUCAAUUACGUUCUGCUUUAACUGCACAAAUGCCAAUCGGAUUGGUGCCAUAUAAAUUCGGUUUCAAUACUCACUAUUUGGAAAAAUGACUACUCCGUUCGAAGAAAUAAAACUGGAUCUCCCCACGAAUAUUGCUUUCAACGCCUUGAACGAAUUAAGAGCAAAGAAUCUCUUUUGCGAUGUAACUCUAGAUAUCAGCGGUACUUUGUUUCCUUGUCAUCGUUUCGUUUUGACAGACUCGUCUACUUAUUUUCAAAUCAUGUUCAAUGGAAAUUUCAAAGAAAGCAGCUUGAAAACCAUCCCCAUUCAGGACAUCGACGCCAAAGUAAUGGAAAUUUUGCUGUCCGCAAUUUAUACUGCGCGAAUUCGUUUGCUUCCAAAGAAUGCGUAUUUCGUAUUAAAAGCGAGCCAUGUGCUCCAAUGUGAUAGGAUUUUCAACGCAUGUGUGGACUGUAUUAUCAAGAACGUAGACCGUAUGCUUUAUUUACCUGAAACAUGUGCAUUUGCAAAAACCAUAGGAGCUGAAAAAUUAUAUGAUGUGUGUAUAGAGAGGUUAGCGGAGACCCUGAUAUAUUGGGGAAAAACUGACGGUUUGUUGAAUCUUUCGUACGAUGUAUUUAAACAUUUACUUUUAAAAGUAAGAUCGCCUACUAGCAGGUUUGAUGAUGACAUUCUUGCAGCAAUUAUCAAAUGGAGUAAAGAUUAUAACAUCAGUGCGAAGGAUAUUAGGAUGCUCUUGCAACUUCCUACGUUUAGCCAAAAAUAUGCCUGGACAUCAGCAGUGGCUGGACUAAUGGUUGCUGCCAGAAGUGAAGAUAGUAGUCGAAGUGUGGGAUAUGGAAUUCAAUUCAAUGAUGGUGAUUUGAGCUUAAAUCUUUAUUUAAAUUCUAUUGAUGUUAAAAGCGGAGCCAGAGGGUGGGGAAGACUGAAGCUAAAUGAGUCAUUUGACUAUUUUACAUUAUCAAAUUUUCAAGCCGCGGAUCUACCCGUAUGUUACCAUAAAUGUUGUACAAUUGGAUCGAAGAUUUACUGUUUCGAGUCGAAUUACUCCUCAAGAAAAAACGAAAACGUUUUUUCUUAUUUUGAAGAUAACAGCAGAAUAGAUUUGCAAUUGCCGAAUGAUCUUAAAGGGCUAUGUUAUACAGUGGAGAUGAUUGCAGCUAAGAAAACGAUUUAUUUAUUUGAUGGACAUUUUCCUACGAACAUUUGGGUUUACCACUGUGAGCUAGACACGUGGGACAACAACGUUUUUCAAAUACCUCAAUCUUCAUCCAUGUCAUCGAAAUCAGUUCUGUAUGAUUAUUCACUAUGGUCUGGUAUUACGUAUUUAGAUCAUGUUUUAUAUGUUGUCGGAUGUGAAAAUCAUUUCUCUAAGUCGGAUAAUAGAUAUAUUGUGGCAAUCGAUUCUCGUGCUCCUCAGAUCAGUAAUUGUAUCGCAUUCCCAAAUCCUUUUCAACAUGAAAAUGCGGCCGUUUGUGCAUUCGAUGGAAAAAUAGCGAUUUCAGGCUCUAAUCACGAUGGUGCUUUGCAUAAUACCUUUAGUAUUUUUGAUGUAACGGCUAAUAAAUGGAGAACCGAUCUGGAGCCUAUGAAUGAAGGCAGAGCAAGGCAUAAACUGAUUUAUCGUAAUGGGUUUAUCUAUGCUGUAGAAAGAAGGCCAUUCAUCGAAAAUGAGAAAUAUGAUGUCAAGUUGAAUACAUGGAUUGAGAUUCCAAAGUUGCCGGAACGAGCUCAGUUCGUCAACGCAGAUGGAGUCAAUAUGACAAUAGGUUUUUGUGAUGUAAUCUGUGCUGAAUGAAUUUCCCUGUAGGAUUGGUAUUCUAGUCUAAAAAAAUUCGUAGGUAUUAUAAAGUUGCGAUUUCUUUUUUCACUUUUUUCUACGUCGAUACUUGUUAAUUUGUCAUUUCUUAAUUUUAUUGAAAUGUUAUUUCUUGAUAUAUGAUAUAUGUAUGUACAAUACGUCGGCUAAGUGCGGAAGGGUGCCUCGUGCAACUCGUUACUUGAUACCUGUGUAAAACUGCCUUUCCACUCUGAGCACCAUCUAUCAGUCCAAAUGUUCAAACCAAAAGUUAUGUUACCUCAAGGCACCCUUCCUAUCACCUAAGAUGCCUUUAGAUUUGAACUUGGAAUGAUAGAUGGCACUCAGUGUGGAAAGGCAGUUUUACACAGGUAUCAAGUAACGAGUUGCACGAGGCACCCUUCCGCACUUAGCCGACGAAUAUUUUCUUGUGUUUUUGUAUUUUGAAUAAAAUUUUAAUUUUGAC